AUGGAUCGAGUACUUGACUUAUUAAAUUUAUUUUACAGAAGAUCAGCACACUAUGAUACGAGUCAAAAUGGGCAGAAUACUCAAGACAGACGUAAAUUACUAAAGCGAACACGAAGUUUAGCGGUAAUAUCUGAGGACGUCGCAAAAAGUGACAAGGCAAGUCAAAACUAUCAUCUUGGUGACCUUAAUCUCUUGAUUCCUCGGAGACCGCAGCUUAUACCACGAGCUAAAUUGAUCGACAGAAAUUCUCUGAAGGACAGAUUAUCUAAGAGCCAACAACAUCUUUCGGAUGGGAGCGAGAGAUACCAGGAGACAAGACCCUAUCACUCCCACUCGACGUGCGAUCUCCAUACGACACAGGCUCAAUCUUAUUAUCAUCUCGAGACACAUCACAACCGCAGCGAAAGCCGUCAAGAUCCCGAUCGUUUGAAUAUUCUUAAUUGGCCAAGGACUCCGCGCAGGUACAAGAGUCAUCAGGAUCUCGACACCGUCAGCGGCCUUGUUGAUAUUGUCGAAGACAAUUGGCCUCUUGAAGAAAUUCAUCGACAGUGUGAUGUAUAUUCACAGGUCAAACGUAAACGUAAAGAGCACAGAAGUUUGGACAGCAUUUUAUUCGAAGAUGAGGGCGAAUUGGAGUAUUUUGACGUGUUGAAUCUAUUGCCAUUGUCAAAAGUACGACUUGAACUUGACGAUUCAGACAACCGUAACAGCAAUUCGAGCAUCUCUGUAAGGACAAACCAACUGUCACGUAUCACAAACUUUGAGGAAGUGCAGGCAUUCAGUGAAACUGAUGAAGUGUCCGAAGACUCCGAAUUACGGCACACACCAAAGAUACUCCAGGUCUCUGAAUUUUCCGACGACAAUCAAGACAACUCUGUGCUCCUCGGAAGUAAUGUCACGGAUGAAGAAAAAUUCAAAAGUCAUACAGUAAAUGGAAACGAGGACGACGCAGACAACGACAAUGACAACCAAACUGGCAACGAUAGCCAACCUUUCAAAGUAAUCGAUAAAACUCGUAAAACCAACACCGACGAAGAAUCUUGGCGUAGUCUAGUCUCGUUGUCAAGUCGCGGCGCUUGGGAAACCAAUUCACAUCAGCAUCAACAUCACUAUCAUCACCACCAUCACCAUCGAGAGCCCUUGAGGAUAACUGAGGAGGAAAAUCAGCAAGGACAACCUGUUGAAGUGGAAGUGGAAGUGGCUGAAGAAGUGGAAGCUAGAGAGGCGCUACCAGAAAUAGACAACGGAGAUAAAGCAAAUAAUUCUGUUGAAGAGACCUCAUCGAGAUCUAUCGAUGUUGUUGAUUCUCCACAAUCCGCUGCUGAUGAUAGUAUAAUUUUGUUAGCUGAAUCAAAUGUCUCAACCGUUGAUAACAAAACGAUACCGGCGGACGAAAAGGAAAUAGUUACGGAAAUCAAGAGCACUGUGGAAAUAAAAUCAACUCAGAUUCCUGGAAUCACUGAUAAACUUGAUGACAAAGAGAAAAUGUCGCGUAGACCACAGGUGCUUAAAAUUGUUGACAAUGAAGUCACACGUAGACUCAGUCAUGGCACUAAUAAUAUCGAUAACGAUAUCGAAGAUAAAAGUUGUGUAAAAAAGCACUUGGAAGUAGUUAAAAAAGAGGAAAAAGCGAAUAAUAAUAAUUUUAGUUCUGAAUCCGGAGUAACAACUCCCGUAAAUCCUGCAGCUGGGAUCAAAGCCGAUGAGCCGAACCAGGAAUGCGAAAAGCGCUUGAGCAUUGAAAGAACCAGGAAUUUUUUCGAAGCCAAAAGCUUGGGGAUGGAAGGGAUUAAAAGUGAGUGCAAUCAAGGAAGAUUCGAGAGGAUCGUUAAGGAAACUUCUAACAUAAUUGGAAAAGCAUGUAAUGCCGUUAAAGGGAGUCUGGGGUUUGAAGCAAGAUCUGAGAGUUCUGAUUUGGGACUGGGUUCUGAUUGUGGAAGCGAUACUAGACGUAGAUCUAUAGACGAUGGGGAUGAUUGUGUAGACGAUACGGGCAAUCGUGGUCUCAGGAACAAGUCGCUACAGAGUGAUAACGUUGAAAAAUAUUUGAAGCCCAAAACUAACUUAACCAGAUCACACAGUUGUGUCGACUCUAUAGAAUCUCAAGGAACAGACGGCCCGGAAUUUGAUCAUAUCCGUUACAAAAUCGUUAAGUCAAGAUUAUUUGGUAAGAAUAUUUUCAGCAAUGUGCAAAACAAAAGUGAAGGCUACGACGGACUGAUGGAUUAUUUGAGAGAAUAUUCUUUUCAAGAACUUUUACUCGACAAUAAUGUCGUAAUUAUUGAACCAGUACGCGCUGAACCGGUAGAAAUAAAGGCUCCAUCAAUGCAGAAUAAAAGCAAGUCAAUUUCUGCUCCAUGCAGCAGGGUCACAGUCGCCAAUACUAAUGGCACUACUACAAUCAGUAACACACAAAAGAAAGGAGAGAAUCAGCAAUGCGAUGGAAAGAUUGAAAAUGACGUGACAAAGAGCCCGAAGCAAUCAAAUCUACGGAAACAUUUUUUUUACCAUCCAAUAAGUUCGGUGAACAGGGUUAAUCGGGAGCUUAUAGAUGAGGAGCUACCAGAUCCCGACACGGUCAAGAAUGUUCGUGAAAUGUUUGAGGCAACUCUUCGUUCUAAAACUUUGUCACGUACAGAGGAUACCAGCACGGAUAGAAGCCAUGGAAAACCCAGGAAAAGUGUGAGCAUGAAAGAUUUAAGCAGCAUUGAUGGACGUUCCGACGAAAAUAGUGAGCGAAAUUCAGAAACUUCGAGGUCUAGAUGUUCUAGCAGAGCUAAAGAUCUGACAAGACUUUUCGAGAAGCUCGAUAAAAACAGUUCACGUAGUGCUCACAACGUUAAAGGGGAGAUAGGAACUACCAAAAGCGAUUCAAAGACAAAAAUUAUCGCUCAAUCCUUUGAAGCACGGAGUGGAAAUACUUCCCCAAGUGAUUCCGGAUGUGCAAGAAAUAAAAUAAUAUCUGCGACACGUUAUCGACAACAGACUCACCACCGUCGUCAGCGUCAAAACCAGAACAGCUGGGACGCUGGAAGUGUGAGUUCUGGAGUGUCAAGCGAUUAUCCAGAUACUGAUCCUGGCAGCUGCGUACAAUGCACAUCUUCUGAGGAUGAAGAGAUAUACUGUCGUGAUGAGGAUAGUUCAAUGCGGAGCCACGAUAAUGGGCGAGUUCAUGGACAUUUUGUUUCUCAGGAUGUUCUCAGAAAGAUACGCGAAUGUGGCACUUCUGUAACCUAUUAUGGUGGUAAGGUCGUUCAAACGUGUAAUGGACCUCUCAUAUCACCGAUGAGCAACAAAAUGCACAAGAGACAUGAACGACUUUUGGGUCUGGACGAUUGCGUUAAAUUUCGAUUAGUGAAAAGCAAUUCUUGCGACAGCAGACUUGAAUUAGCUGGUAGAGUUAUUGAAAGACGCUCCAAAUUGGAAGCUAGAGAAAACUCUGCAAAUAGUAACAAUAGUAGUUAUCAUAAUAAUCAUUAUAAUAAUAAUAAUAAUAGUCAUUAUGAUGAUUGUAAAAAAAAAUUGGACUUGCGUACUUGCACAAUCGCAGAAACACCGAGCAUAGAAAUCACAGCUCUUGACAGCAACACGAAGUUUGACGAUGAGUCUAGCCAAACGGAAGGAAGUAUCAAAAAACGCGAACCACCAGUAGUCAUUGGAUUGGAACCAAAAAAAGACGAUAAUCGUAAUUGCAGUGACUUGACAGGUUUCAAAGUCAAUUUUAAGCUUGGUAAAAUAGAUGACAGCAAAUCACCGGCAUUAGCUACAAACAAUGGCUUCGGAAGUGCUCUUACUCGAUGGCAGAUCAAUGAAAAUCAUUGGAAUAAAAAACAAGAGUUCGGUAAAAUGGAGUUCGAGGAGUUUGAAGUACUUGAGGAUAGUUUAAAUGGCGAUUAA